AAGCAGAAGGUGAAGGAUUUGUGGCAGAUAUCUUGGAUGAAUUUAUGAAUCAUCUAAUGGUGAAAUGUUAUGAGGUGUACCUUAAGAAACAGCUACUGCCGUUCUCUGUGGCUUGGGCAAAGAAUGCCAUGGUCCAGGUGAUAGAGUUGCAGUACCCAACACAUGAUACAGGAGAUGGAGCAAACACAAUCUCACUCUUUAAGGAGAAUGCAGAACCCCCACCCAUGAUUACAGAUUCUUGGGCUCAGGGCUGUAUGCCCGUUAUCAGAAUCCCAAAUUUCCUGCAGCAGGGUCAUAUGAUUGGUAAAGGAGAAGAUCCACUAGAAGAUUAAAGAUCCACAUGAAAAGCAGGGAUACCCAUCAAUAAACAAAACAAUCUCCUUUGAGAAAAACCAAGAGGAGACUGAAAGUGAAGUGGCAGGAAUCUAAAAUUAAUUCUGUCUCAUUCAAAGUUGGAACUGGAAAGAAAACUUUAUCCACCAGAGAUAGCUUUGCCAAUCUUCAACAAGACAUUGUGAUGUCAGGACAUCCUACCUGAAGAACAAGAGAAGGCUGCCUUUCUACUAGAGCAUGACCUGAUGUUUCUCCCCACAAUCCACAAGAAGUAACAGGGCUGAGUAUGAGGAACGAGUAUGUGGGUAAGUGCGUGCAAGUGCACGAGAGCCAAGCCCACAGUGGACUGACUCUAGAGGAGUGCGAAACAGGCUCGGGCCUUCAGGAGUGGCACUGGAACUCCGAGACCCGCUCCCUCAGAAACCCGCAGACAGGCAAAUGUUUGACCGCGGUCAACGUCCAACAGCCCGAGAGCGUGGAGCUGCAGGUCUGCAGACCUGAAGAGGAGGGUCAGGCCUGGGUCUGCUCAAAAAAGGGCCACCUCAUCCUUGAUAGCAAGGACUUACAUCUCAGCGCACGUCAAGACUCUUCCAAGAUUUUUCUGUCCAUGGAGCGGGUGAAAAGCAGCAAGUGGAAAACACUGAAUAAGAAAACAGUGUGUGAGGAGAAGACAGACAGCGUGCCGCCCAAAACUCAGAGCGAACCUGAGAACACAGGACCUCGAAUCAUCACUAACAUUCGCCUGUGGCAUUCUCCAGUGAAUCAUGGCUUGGCUACCAAGCCUCCCGAGCCAGCACACGUUUCGCAGCUGAAUAUUAACAUGGAGUCGGCAGAACCCGCUCUGAAUCUCCUUAACAUGGAAUAUGGGACUGCAUGGAAAUUGACUAUGCUGGUCCUGACCUGCUUUGUCCUGCUCUUAGGAGUAGUCAUCCUUAUCUUUAACAUCUAUCAAAACAGGACGAAGAAGACAGUUGUUGUUCUCAAGUCUUCGAGUGAACAGACCAGUCAGCCUGGGUCGCCAGAGAGAGCUCCUCUCACCAAACACGCCUUGAGACCCCCCGUGUCUCCCUCCAUCCAACGUGGAGAGAUCCUCGUUGAGUGGAAGGACGGCACAGUCACGCCGCUAUUUGACACCUACUUCACCUCAUAACAGGGCAACUCUUACCUUUCCUGCAAUAGAAAUAGUGUCUAAUGGUAUGUGGCAUGCCUGGCUCAGCUAUCUGAAACCUCUUUCACUUGUUUAUCUCUGUUCCUCUAAACUCUGCCCUUUUCAUGUUUCCUUCCCCUUUACUCUUAGAUAGGUCAGCUGUAAUGCUUGAGUAGGUGGUUCAGGGCACCAGCACUGACAACAGAAAACAUGUGGAACCAUCAUGGCUGAAACCAUGAUUUGAUUUUCUCACCACACCUGUUAUUGACAUUUUAUGAACAACAUAGGGUGUUUGGUGUGGAAACUGUGUGUGUGUGUGGAGGGGGGGUAACUACAGUAUAACAGCCCUAGAUAUAUUUUAUAUGCUUCUUUCACAGAUCUGGGAAGGCUGGAAAAGAACUUUAAAGAAAUGUAAAGAAUCCACAAGCCCUUUUAAAGACCUGACAUUAAGGAUGUGAAUAAGGAAGAAUAAAGUAUGAGAAAUGUGGUGUCAAAGCUAUAUAGACAAAGCCAAGAUUCCUAAUUCAGAAUCCUCCUAGAACUAUUUAAAAUGUUUUUCCCUUUGUUUUUAAAGCUCAACAUUAACAGUUUAUGAUUGGAGCAAAUGCACAAUGGAGACUAUUAAGAGCCAGCUAUUAACAAGUGUGUAGCCUAAACAAAUAAUGAAAUUAUCUUGACAGUAACAUUCAAAAUUUUCAGAUAGGGAAAUUGGGAUGCAACUAUUAGCAAUAAUUUGAAUUUCAGAAGUAUGUGUCAUAAGUUCAUAGAAAAAUGAUCAAAACACUGAGCAUGGUUCUCACACUGAUUCAUAUAGUAUCUAAACACUACAGUGAGUCAAAGAUGCCAAAGAGUCAAAAAAGGCAUAAAAACUCCCUAAAUAUCCUACAAUAGUAGUGGUUUAUUUAAUAUGUACUAUAAAUUGAUUUAGGUCGUUUUCACCAAUCUUUUUUAAUGAGGGAAAAAUGUAAUGAAUGAUCACUUGAAUGAAUCAUCUGAAUGAAUCACUCCUGAAGUGUCUGAUGUGAAAAGGAAACUGUUUAAUUAUUAUUCUAUAAUAAUUCUAUAAUUAAAUCAUUAUAUAAAUUAUAUAAUUAAUUUAUUUUUUGGCAUGCUUGAUCCUGAGAAUAAGGAAGUCUCUAAGCCUAAGUCUUUAAGCCUCUGCCUUCAGAGUCAUUCUUAACCAGAUUAUAGUUUAUAUGAAUCAGUUCACAUUUAAGCGUGAAUUGCCCAUUUAAGAAAAUAAAAUGUGGUUUGUUAAUCACUUUUCAGUGAUGACAGUGGCCAUGCAAAACCUCACUUUUCUUUGAAAAUUAAAGAAGAGAUCCAUGUCUGACAGUUUGUCUUGCUAUGCUUUCCUUGUAAUAAACAGAUUUUAGUAAUUUUACAACGACCAGGAUGAAUCAUUAGCUUGCUAGCUAGUUAAGCAAUUUAUGCCUACAAACUAAUUUUGUUUAAAAUCUUUACGUAUUUAUUUACAUAUUAACAUACUAUACUAACUUAUAUUUUAGUGCUGUGAUAGUGAUCCUCAUCUGGCAGGCACUAUAAGCAGAUAAAAAUUGUUUUUUGGCUGUCUGCCACAGAUGACUUAAAAUCAAAUAUACAGACAUUAAGCAACAUUUUUUGGCAGUCUUCCAGAGGUACUGAGCUGGUAAACUGUCCAGAUACAUUUAGGCCCUUUUGUUCUUUUUUUCAUCAUAUUUUAUUUUAAUUAUCAUUUGGAGUCAUACUUCAGUAUACACUAAUGGGGGAAGAAGCCUAAUUAACAAUUGUGCAGUCCUCGCCAACGUCUAUAAACAAUCAACCUCAGGUGACAACAAAAACAACAUAUUUCAUUAUGUAGUCAUUUUUCCCCAAAGUAAACCAACAUUCAGAAAACAGGAUGGAUAAAAGUAAGAACACCCUAUAAUUCAGUAACAUGUAGAACCAACAAUAACUUAGCAACUUUAGCAACAAUAACUUGAAAUAAAUGUUUGUUUAUGAAUUUUAGUCUUAUAAUUUUGAUCUAUUCUUCUUUACAGCAUUGCUUCAGUUCCUUGAUAGCCCAUUUGUUUAUGCAUAUCCCUCUUAAGAUCCCACAGUAACAUCACAGGACUCUGACUUGGCCAUUCCAACACUGUUUUUUUUUUUUUCUUUUUUUUCUUCUUUAGCCAUUCAGAUGUCAGUUUACUGAUGUGCUUGGGAUCAUUGUCCUGUUCCAUGACCCAGUUUCAGCCUAGCUAAUGCUGCUGGACAGAUGACCUCAUUUCCCUUGAGAAUAUUAUGCUAUAUAUUGGAAUUCUUCGUUUCUCACUGACUGCAAGUUUCUCAGGGGCUAUGACCAGAAACACACCCAAAUCAUCCCGCCACCAGCAUGCUUGACAUUUGAUAUGAUGUGUUUGUGAUGAUACACUGUGUUUGGUUUUCGCCAAACAUGGCACUGUGCUUGAUGGCCAAACCUCUCCUCCACCUUGCUCUCAUCAGUCCACAAGAUAUAGUUGCAGAACUUCUGUGGUUUGUUCAGAUGUAGUUAUCAAACAUAGUCAUCCUGCCAUAUUCUGUUUGGAGAGAAGGGGUUUCUUCAUAGCAGCCUUGAAAAAAAGCCAUACUUUUUCAUGAAAGCCAUACUUUCAGUCUUUUUCUCAUUCUACUGUCAUGAACAUUAACAUUUAAUUUGCUUACAGAGACCUGUAGGUCAUGUGACGUAGCGCUUGGGUUUUUCUUUAGAUGUAUGAGCAUUAGUACAUAAGGUCUUGAACCGAAUUUGCUUGGAAUAUUAGCAACUGUCUUGAAGGCUCUCCGUUUGUAAACAUUUCUUCUCAUUGUAGAAUGGCGAAUUUUAAAUUGUUUGGAUAUGGCCUUAUAACAGAUGAUAAGUAGGAACAGUUGCUUCUCUGAGGUCAUGGCUGAUGUCUUUGCUUCUUGGCAUGAUGUAGACACACACUUGACUGCUCCAGAUCACCAGUCUGCCAAAAGUUCUGCUUUUAUUCAGGCAGUCACACUUCUUGGUGAUUAACUAAUUUUGUGCAUUUGAUUAAUACCUGGCAGCUAAUUUGUCUCUUAAUGAUUGUUGAAGUAGGAAGGGGGUACAUAUUUUUCUCCUUUAGUUUACUUUUGGAAAAAUAACUACACUAAAUCUGUUGGGUCUUUUGUUGUAAUGUGAGGUUGCUUGUUUUAUAGAUGUUUGCAAGGCCCAUACAAGUAUUAUUUAUGCCCUGAUAGACAAAAACACAGACUUUCUGUUUGGAGUCAUGCUUGCAGAGAAGUUACCAUUAUUUGAGGCUCAAAGUCAAAUACAUUCAGACUGUGAUUAUUUCGAUUUGGAACAUUGCCAAACAGUGUAAACAGGUUGCAACACAAGACGUUUGUCAUCUAAAGAAAUGCAGAAUGCCUUACUCAGGACAUUUUUGGGGUGCAUGAACAAGUUUGAUGGAACAUUAUGUAGUAAACAAGACAGGCAAAUCAGAAUUUAAAAAAGUUAAACUUCUCUUUAGUCCUGGUUUCUGAAUGUUGGUUUACUUUUUAAAAAAUGACUACACAUUAAAAUCUGCUUGUUUUUUUGUUAGUUUUUUUUGUUGUUACUGUAACCUGGGCUUAUUAGUUUGUUUAUAGACAUUUGUUAGGACCACACAAUUCUUAUUUAGGUCCUGAUAGACAAAAACAGAAGUGAAAGAGAGUGUACUUUCUUUUUCCCAUGACUGAAGUUUCCCAUGACUAAAGUACUCCAUGUCUAAAGGUUUUUAGUUUUUUUUAAUAGCCUCUGUCAUACCCUGUAGUUAGCAGAAAUGUUCCUAAUGUGUAGAUAUUAUAUGCUCUAACACAAGCUUGCUAAUGUGUAUUAUACCACAAUGUUUUCCUUUUAUAUAAUGUGUCAAUUAAAAAAACUCUGGCAUA